AUGCAGCUCGAUCCCCAAGUUGUGGUAUCACGCAUCUUAAGCUGCAACACGCACUACGAGGUGCUCAAACUAGGCCUACCCGAUCACGCCCCAGUCUUUGUGGAUGCUCAGCAAGUGCGCAGACGCUACAAGGAGCUAGCAAUCCGUGUCCAUCCAGACAAGAACCCCACUGCUGAUGCUGAGGCAGCGUUCAAGCGACUGAGUGAAGCCUACGAGUGUCUGGUGGACGAAGCCUCGCAGCGUAAUUAUUUGCAACGCUUGCGCGCUCAUCAACAGGAUAGUAGAACGAAAUCUGCAAAACAAAAGUGCAAGUACAAGCGGAAACGAAAGACACAGUCGGAACCAAAAACUGACAAAGGACCGAGUUUACCUAAGCGCCGACGGACUCCAGAAGAAAUCUGGCAGGAGUUUCAACGACAAGAGGAGGAAUUAGCUCGGCAGCAAUUCCAUGCUAAAGGCAGCAGAAUAUUUUGGAUUCCAAUCUGGACGCAAAGGCGGGUAACUGGGCCACGUGGAGCAAACCGACUUCAAACCGGAUAA